AAAUGGCUCACACCAUCACCUUCUCCUGUCUCCCCUCGUCGUGUAGAUCACGCAUGAACUCCGGCACUGGCGACGGUGGCAUUGCCCUCAAUACUUCAAUCUUCGAGAGGAGAUCUCAAUUCGCUCAAAAGGAGAUUAAGAUGCAAGGCAUCCGAAUUCAUGAUCGUCGCAAGCUCACCCUACCGUGUACUAUGAGGAACGAAACCCACCCUACACCGAGAUCAAAUUCCCCGGGCGAGAGAGCAAGCCAACUGUAUGAACGCAUCAAUGACAAAAAAUGGCAGGCGCUGGAGGAGAUCAUCUCGGAAGAUUGCUGCUUCGAGGACUACUCCUUUCCCACACCAUUCAAGGGGAACAAGGAGGUCUUGCUCUUCUUCAAACAACUCACUUCCAGUAUGGGCAACCAUGUCAAAUUCAACCCCAAACACAUCAGUGACGACGACAAAACGGCAUGGGUAAAUUGGCACCUAGAAUGGAAAGGAAAUGAGAUUCCUUUUACAAGAGGCUGCAGCUUCUAUGAAUGCUCGAAAGACGGAGACAGACUGGUCAUCAGGAAAGCUCAAGUCUUUGUCGAGUCGCCGAUCAAACCAGGAGGCAUAGUGCUGAUUCUCUUGAAGAAUAUCACGUCGUUGUUUGACAAUUUUCCGACACAGACUGAAAGGUUCCUCAAGAGUCCUCACGCAAUCGUGCAAUGGGCAAUGCGUAUCUACUACAUUUUUCUGGCGCCAUUUAUCAGCACCCUACUAGAAAGCUACAUAAACUCCUGGAAAUUAAUGGCCCGAAUGCUCAGCUAUGCUCUCAGCAUGAUUAUCUUCAUUCUUAAACUUUUCUUCCACUAGCCAGACAUUAAUACCGCAUCGAAGAUCGCCUGUCAGUCAUCACUUCUAUCGCGACUAUUCCAGGUUUCCAACACAGAGAGAAGCACCAGUGGUCCAGGCAGGGGUGGCAGCGGCGGCCUGCUGAAGGCCACAAUGGGUUCAGUCUUUUUGCGUGGGUCUGGCAUUCCUGAGUCGCUUUUCCCUUGUUUAAGUGGUGUCAAACUUGCCAAAAUACCUGAUUUAUUGUAUUUUUGUCACUGCCAAGAUUGUGAAGUUGUACCGAGGGGGAAAAAACAAGGAACAUGUAUAUUACCCCAUGAUCCUUUAAUGCAGUUGAUUUGCUUUUG